ACUAAAAUUAAACAGCUCAGUGAAUGUCUGACACCAGAGCAAUGGCAUGCACCUUUCCCAGUCACCCCCUCCUACAUCUCUCCUUCCUGGGAGAAAACUUUUCUCUGCUCCCACUUCUUGGCCCUGACUGCUUUGUGUAGAUGCUGGGUUGAGUCACAGGCAGAGCUGAUAGUGAUAACAGCCCUCAAGGUAAUCUCAGUGUCUGAAUGUAAUGUUUGCUUGAUUAUUUGUAACCUGCUAAACUGCGAGCUUCACAGUCCUUGCUCUUAUUCAGUGCUGUAAAUAGUGUUAAUGCAACACUUAUCAUCAAGCCUGCAUGACGCUGAUAGGCUUUCAGUUCAUAUAUCACAUGCGUUUGUCAUUUCUCUAAACCACUCAACAUGACAAAUCACACAUCUCUUGUGUCAAACUGCCCAGAGUUAACAAGCUACACUUACUUCACCUUACGGAAAGUUCAGCUCUAUUUAAAGCCAAUUUAGACAGACACAAAGAAGUAAUAGAAGUGUUACAGAGAGAUGUAUGGCAAGGCCCAGAAAAGGCUUGCCAUACCCAGUAUAGAGCUGGCACAGACAGGUAGUGACAGAAGUCAGUGACAGAGAUGCCCGCUGAGUGCAGAGUGGGGAGUCCUGGGCUCAGGUUGGAUCAUGGGCUGUUGGGAAACCUGCCUGACACUGAAACCAACACAAGACUAAAGGAAUGUAGCACAAAAUGUGAUCUCAGACUUAGUACUUCUGCUGCUGGGUAUGCUGUCCUUCAGAUGUCAUUGCAACUCUGAUUGGGUUCCUGUAAAAAGAAUAUAUCAAACCAUUGACAGGGCAAAUUUAGUUACUUUAGUCAUGUUGAACUCUACCUUUCCUACUGUAUGUCCAUAGUCCAGCUGCUUAAACUGUGCUUCCGGUAGUUAGUUGAUGCAUUUUGUAGCGUGGGCCGUUACCCAUUGAUAACUGCCAUGGCAACAAUCACUGACACCGACAUCUGACACUUCAGAGACGCUAGAUUUCUUUCUCGCCUUAAUCUGGGCUAACUGAUCCCGCCAUUCAGGCAUAAUAUACUGAAGGAUUUGCAAUCAGUUGGAUGGCAUACAUGUAUAAUAAAAUAGAAGUGACAUGCAGCAAUCUCCUACCCUGCAAAGACACAAACAUCGGUGUGAGACCUGCAACCACACAAUAAACAGCAAGGACUGUCUAGUACUACCUCUCCCAGACACCAUGGGGGAAAGGAAGAACUAGUCUGAAUUAAUUCUGAGUUACAGGGGGGAUGAGUGUAAGGGAAAUAAAUGUGGCUCAGCACAACGUUUAGCAACUGACACGAUAGGGUAUCUCACACUGUGCAUCACCCCACACCACAUCUCUUCAGUCAGUGCUGGACAGCAGCAAGAAAUCAGCAUCAACAGCCAAAGAUGGAGCACCUGAGGCAGGAGAAACCCUCUUCACUUGAGCAGUCAGUGGUGUAGCACUGCUGCUCCCAUCAGUUCAAGAAACCACAUGGCACAGGCAAGAGAGGAGCCCCCGUGGGAUGUGCAGCAGCCAGGCUGCUCCCUGUGGCAUGGAGUCAGAGCCUGCAUGGGGUUGUGUCUAUACAGGAAAAUUAACUCUUGUUUAAGGUCACAGUGUGAAAGUGGGGUUUGGUCUGCUCUGGCUGCUUGUGCCAGCAGUCAGGUUAGAGCUGAGGGAGGCACUCUGGAGAGGAAGAAACAGGGGAUUUAAAAUAUGGCCCAAACAAGAAGAUUGUGGAUUUCAACAAAUAGCUGGUAGGAGGUCCAGGAACUGUGGUUUGCACAAGCUCUCCAGAGUCAGCAGUCCUCAAGGCUCAUCCCUUUACCUGGGUGCAGGGUGAGGUGUACUGCAGGUGAAAUUUCCACACUGAGUGGAGGGAAUGGGGGCCACAGCCUGCAGUGUGCUUGUGAUGAAGGGAGUGCUGAAAUAAAAUUAUCUUUUUCAGGAAUUAAAGCAUGGCAGGGUGCUGUGUUAGUGAGCUGGGGACUCAAGGGACCCUUUUGGAGAGCAGAAAGGGUUCAUAACACCUGGGCCCUCUUCUCAUCAUGGAGGGAUCCCUAAGGAGUGUCUGUAGCUCAAGCACUGCUCACUGAAAAAUCUCAAUACCAAGAGCAUCAUCCACAAUCUUCCUGUACCAAUUACCUUACCUUUGAGGAGAAGAAACUGCAUUUACCACCUGUAUAUAACAUUGCUUGAUCACCAUGGGGGAGGGUAAAUGAGGCUUGUUUCACUACUCUAUUCAGCUGUAUUUUCUCCACCUCUGACAGCAGCUGGGAUCUCUUCUCUGCUAUAUCUGUCAAGACACCUACAAGCUCCAAGCACAAGGUGGAGGAUUUCCACCACAGGGCAGUUUCAAUGCCACUUCGUUCUCAUCUUCCUGGCAGCCUCCAAGGGGGAAACCAGAUACCUAGAGGUGAGGGACGCUGGUGAAGAUGAGCCCUUCCUACUCCUCAGUGAAGACAUGAAGCGAGAGCUGACUGCAGGGCAGAUCUACCGGCGGUCACUCCGGUGCAUUGACAUGCUGAGUAUAGAGGGGCAGUUCACCUUCACUGCAGAGCAACCGCAGCUGCACUGUGCGACUUUCUUCAUCGGGGAGCCCGAGGAACUCAUCACAAUAGACUACGACUUUGUAAACAUUGACUGCCAACGGGGCGAUUUCCUGAAGGUAUUUGAUGGCUGGAUACUAAAAGGAGAGAAAUUUCCCAGUUCCUUGGACCAUCCCCUCACCACUUCCCAAAGAUAUGUAGACUUUUGUGAAAGUGGCAAUAUUCAGAGGAGCAUCAGGUCAUCGCAGAAUGUGGCAAUGAUCAUCUUCAGGAUUCAUCAGCCAGGCAAUGGAUUUACCAUCACAGUCAAGAAGAAUGCCAACCUCUUCCCUUGCAAUGUCAUCUCUCAGACUCCCUCGGGAAGGUUUACCAUGGUCAUUCCUCAUCAGAAUAGAAACUGCAGCUUCUCCAUAAUCUACCCAGUGGUGAUAAAAAUAUCUGAUCUUAUUCUGGGACAUUUAAAUGGCCUCUUUUUAAAGAAACCAUCAGCAGGCUGUGCAGGAGUUGGAGACUUUGUAGAGCUGCUAGGAGGAACUGGUUUGGACCCAUCCAAAAUGUUUCCACUAGCUGAUCUCUGUCACUCCUUUCAUGGGUCUGCCCAAAUGAAGAUUGGCUGUGACAAUACCGUGCUGCGAAUGGUCUCCAGUGGCAAACACAUCAACCGUGUGACAUUUGAGUAUCAUCAACUUGAUUUGCAGGAAACAGAAAACAGAAAGGAGAACAGUAUUGAGGAAUUCUGCUUUCCUAGUAUCUGAGAAACCAGGCCAUGUAUUUUCACAUAGCUAAUGAAAAUGAGGUUCUGGUGAAUUAAAAAAUGUAUUUUUCCUUUAUCCAGCUGAUAUUAUCAAGCCUUUCUACAGUACAAGCAUAUUUCUUUUUUUCAUAUAAAUCAGUCAUUCCCAUGAGCAAGCAGGAGAACAACUAUUAUUAAUCUUUGUUAUUAUCAUUAUAUAUUUUCUGCAGUAUUUAAGUUUAUUUACCACAUUGAAAAUAAACAGCAAGAAGAGAACACUAUGUUUCCCAUAUAAAUACUACUAGGAAAACAGAUACAAACUCUCUGUGUAUCUAGUCUGAGGAGAUACAAAACCCACAAUAAGUAUAAACUUCAUGCAGAAACUUUAUCCUUUUAUAUCAAGUAUAAACAUAAAAAUUAGAUGGUGGAAUGUACUUUGAGUUUUCUAAGAGGAAACCUAAUAUUAGUGUGUGUAAAAACUACCAGUUUGUUUAUGACUAUAAAUGUACUAUUUAUUUCUAAUGACAUGUUUUUAAUAAAAAUUUAUAGCAUGGAAACUUCCUUACACAAAUCCAAACAUGAAUAAAUACAUCCAAAGAGUUGGCAAAACGUUAUUAUGAUGUAUUUUUCUGAAGAGCUCUUUUAACAUUCUGGUUAAACUUCCUAAGUCUUGUGCAGUUUCCUGGAAAAUAUAAUUUUGAACAUAUGUUGCUGUAAAACUGUGGACUAUUAAAGUAACAUUAUGGGCAGAAA